CUCAAAUCCUCUUUUUUAUGUUGGGGAAUCAACUCGUUGUAGAGGAGAGUAGGGACGGGAAGUCGGAUUGUCCAAUAUAUCGAACGCAAUUUAUUCCCCGUUCGUCUUACUACGGGCGUAGCUUUGUUGAGGUGAGGACUGGCAGGCCAUUGAAGAUUGGAGAUUAGAGGUGGGACACAAUUGAGGGAAGUAUAAAAUGGUAAAAAGCUCAACUCGCCCCGGAAUUUGUACUACACACGUACUGUGAAAGAGUCAUAUCCGACGUACCAGGUACACUUCUUUUGGCUGUUUGUUGGAAUUGGUCGAUAGAAAAAUGGUCGUGUUACGCUUCACUGUCGUCUGGCUAUUAGCCGUCACAUCGACAGCACGAAGCCUCAAACGAUCCAACAGUCGUCGUCAGGAGGGCCCCGUCGAUCCAGACACCGCGAAAGAUUGUACAUACUACGACACUGCCCUCGACAGCUCGUUCACAUGCAAGUUCUUCGAGGACAACUGGAUAAUCUCUCACGAGGACUUCGUAGACUGGAAUCCAAGCGUGAAAAGCGACUGCAGUGGCAUCAAGAUCGGCAACUCGUACUGCGUAGAAGUCAACAACGGCCUCCCACGCCCAACUUCCAUCAAACCCACCCCUACACUCCCCCCAUCCACCACCAAACCAUCAUCCACCGGCUCCCCAAAACCGAGUCCCACGCAGGACGGCCUCAUAGCAACCUGCAACAAAUUCUACUUCGCAAUCGCCGGCGACACAUGCAACAAGAUCGUCUCCGCACAGGGGAUCUCCCUCGCAGACUUCCUCGCCUGGAAUCCAGCCGUUGGCGACGACUGCAGUGGCCUAUGGGCAAAGACCUACUACUGCGUCGGCAUCCCUGGAGGCGGCAGCAUAACGACUCGUCCUCCUACCCCUUCGACAUCCUCGGGACCCAGCAAGCCCAGCCCAACGCAAGAUGGCCUCAUAGCUACGUGCAACAAAUUCUACUUCGCCGUCGCUGGCGACACGUGCAACAAAAUUGUCUCCGCCCACGGUAUAUCGCUCAGCACCUUCAUCGCCUGGAAUCCCGCCGUGGGCGACGAUUGCAGCGGCCUGUGGGCGAAGACGUACUACUGCGUCGGCAUCCCCGGCAGCACCCCUUCUCCUUCUUCGUCGUCGCCGCCCAAGACGACGACACCGGCGGGACCGAGUCCCACGCAAGACGGCAUCGCAAAGGAUUGCAAAGUGUUCUACAAGGCGAAGGGCGGCGACACAUGCCAGAAGAUCGUGGAUUCGUACGGCGGCACGUUUGGCCUGGCGGACUUCUUGAAGUGGAAUCCGGCGGUUGGCAGCGAUUGUAGGGGGUUGUUGGCUGAGUACUAUUACUGCGUUGGAAUACCCGGAACACCAACAACCAAACCACCCACCACCCCCUCCUCCACCGCCCGUCCCCCGACAACCACAUGCAACCCGUCCGCGCCGACUCCCACGCAGCCCGGCGCGCUCUGCGGCUGCAAAAAAUGGCACAAGGUCGUUCAGGGCAACACGUGCGCGACCAUCAUCCAGCAGUAUGGGAUCCCGGCCGCCAACUUCUACGCGUGGAACCCUGAGGUUGGGGAGGGGUGUAAGACGCUUUGGAGGGACUAUUAUGUUUGUGUUGGGCGGUAGGGGGUGUAAGAUUGAUGGGAUGGGGUGGGGUGGAAGGUAUUGUUUUGAAUUUGC